ACAACAUUAGCGUUGCCCGAGGCUAAUGAUAUGGCAAGGUGUUCGUUGGUCAAAACUCUGUUUGGUGACCAUCUUCCGCCAGACUUCCAUUGUUGAGAGUACUAUAUUGUCUCACACUUCACCCUCAAAUGCGCACAGACCAGGCUUAUCGAUAAGGAACUGCGGCAGCUUGAGCUCCCCUUUGGACACAGCACCAGGCACACCAUCCAACGAACAACACAUAUCACCAUGCCUUCCAGCAGACCGUCCAGUAUAUCCCAACCCAAGUCUCCGGACGGCCCACAGUCCGCCAGAUCCCCACGGUCGCCGGCCCUCCCCCACUUUGACGAUCCGCCGCCCCAAGCCGAUCCUCCGCCGGAACCCCCGAACAUACAGGAUGCCGAACUCGACAACGAAGAAGACGAUCACUCCUACCCGGAAUCCACCUCCGAACAUGCGCUCCUUCCUCCGCCAAACUUCAACCCCUUCUUCAAUAUCAUAGAAGAUGCCACGUCGGGCGAACACUACCAUCCAUACGUCCACUAUGUCUUCGCCGACGACGACCCGGUCGUUGUCACCGUCGCGGCGAUGCGUAGUCUGGGGUUAGACGAUACACAGUUCCUUCCUCAGAACAUACCGGAGCGGGACGGCGAGCGGUCGCAUCACGAGGAACCGGAUCAGGAGCAUGACUCAGAACACCAGGUGGAAUCGCCGCUCCCUCCGCCAAUACCAGGGGUAAAGGAACGCUAUUUGAUUGUCGACAUAGCAGCGGAUGGACAUUCCGUAGUAGAUGCGCAGUCGUUCUCUUCAGAGUGGCAGAUCACAAAUGCGGAUGUGCGACCCGCGCCGUCGUUUGACCAGGAGUCGGCCGAUCACGCGUACAUGCUGAGGAUAGACGGGGUGGAGAUCCCAGCCAAGAUCAAGGGGAGGGCGAAGCCGGAGCCGGGUGAGGCGAAGCUGAAGGAGGCCAUGGAGAAGGCCCAGGGAGAUGUGUUUGCGGCCGUGGAUGGGCUUUUGCGCGAUGUGGAGGUUGGGUUGGAGGUUGCGGGUAAGAUUAUGGGGAGGGAGAUUGGAGAUGAUGAACAGGGCCGUGUGGAGUUGGAUGGACAGAGUGGAGAGCAGGGGAAGAGGAAGGAGGGUGCGAGCGACGUGAGUCCGGGUUGAGAGGAGAGGUUAUAGCAAGACUUUGGUUGGAGGCAGUUGAUUGGUAUAAUCCGUGGUACGGAUAGACUACUUUGGAUACACCAAUAAGGUCAUUAAU